UGUUUGGUAGGCAGUUUCCAGGAUGAUUCUGCAGCUGUUAUUCAAUGCAAAAUAUCAAAAUAUUUACAGAAACAUACGAAGGCCGAAAAAGCAUUGCUGUUAGUGGUCUCCGAUGAUCAGUACGAUGCAACGUGUCAGGUUGCAAAUGAUGUAAUUUUAGAAGAGGAAAUAAAAUUUCCUUUACAGAAAAACAAUUUCUUUACGACAUUUCCUAAAAGUAAAUCUCUUAGGUGUCAGGAUAUUAAGGAAGAAAUUCUUCAGAAGCUACAAAAAUUGCUAAAAAUAAAAAUUAAGUCAUUAUUAUGCAUUCCAAUUGCUCAUCCAAAUAAUGAGAAAAAAUAUAUUCUACUAGUUUGUUUAAUAAAUAAAAUAGGUUCAGAAGAAUUCACAGAUGAAGAUGAAAAAAUAAUAUCUGAAUGUUGUAUGUAUACGUCACCAAUAUUAUUAAAAUCUUUAAUAUAUGAAGAGGAAAAACGCCAAAGGAAACAAUGUCAAUCACUCUUGCUUGUAGCCCGGAAUAUUUUCUCUCAUCUUGAUAAUGUUACGGCAUUAUUAAGUGAAAUAAUGACAGAAGCAAGAAAUUUAACGAAUGCCGAAAGAUGCUCUUUAUUUCUUUUAGAUAAGGAACAAAAUGAACUUAUAGCAAAAGUAUUUGAUUCUAACAUGGCUGAUGAUGGUGGAGAGUCAAAAGAUGUUCGGCUUCCUGCAAAUCAGGGCGUUGCGGGUCACGUUGCGACUACUGGUGAGAUGCUCAACAUAUACGAUGCUUAUUCUCAUCCUUUAUUUUAUCGCAAAAUGGACGAAGUAACAGGCUUUAAAACAAGGAAUAUUCUUUGUUUUCCAAUUCAGGAUGAUAGUGGUGUGGUUGGGGUCGCAGAAUUAUGCAAUAAAAAGGACGGCAGAUAUUUUACUCAUUUCGAUGAAGAAAUAGCAAAUGCAUUUUCUAUUUAUUGUGCCAUAAGUAUAAUGCAUUCUUUAAUGUGGAAGAAAGUAAGAGAUGCUCAACAUAGAAGUAGAUUGGCAAAUGAAUUAAUGAUGUAUCAUAUGAAAAUACCAGAAGAAGAAGUCAUUACAUUAGCACAAGCUUCCAUUCCUUUGCCAUUGGAGAUUCACAAGGAUUUUGUUACAUUUUCUUACAAUCCUAGACAGACUCCUGAUUCGGAUACUGCAUUAAUUACUCUAGCAAUGUUUGAAGAUUUAGGAAUGAUUCAACGUUGGAGAAUACCAAAAUUAACAUUAGCCAGAUUUAUCUUAAUGGUAAAGAAAGGGUAUAGAGAUCUUCCCUAUCACAACUGGAUGCAUGCUUUUUCUGUUGCACAUUUUUGCUAUUUGCUUCUUAAAAUCACUAAUCUUCAGGAAACACACUUGAUGGCCUUGGAAUGUUUUACACUGUUUGUUGCAUGUAUUUGUCAUGACUUGGAUCAUCGAGGUACAACGAAUUCAUUCCAGCAUAGAUUAAAAACUGAUUUAGGAGCUGUUUAUAGUUCAGAAAGUUCUGUUAUGGAAAUGCAUCAUUUUUCUCAAACUAUGGCUAUUUUACAUUCCGACGGUUGUAACAUAUUUGAAAAUCUUUCACAAAAGGAAUACACUCAAUGUCUCGACUAUUUGCAAUUACUCAUCUUAGCUACGGAUCUUGCCAAUCAUUUUCGGAGAGUGAAAGAAAUUCAUAAAAUAUUAGAAGAUGGCUACGAUUAUAAAAAUGAACGACAUCAUAUUUUGCUACUUAAUCUUCUUAUUACUUCAUGCGAUUUAUCGGAUCAGACAAAAGAUUGGAAAAUGUGUAAAACCAUAGCUGAACGAAUUUUUCAAGAAUUUUUCUUGCAAGGCGACAUGGAAAAAUCAAUAGGAGUUAAUCCGGUCGAAAUGAUGGAUAGAGAAAGAGCUUGUAUCCCAGAUUUGCAGAUUAAUUUUCUAAAUGGAAUUUGCUUUCCAUUGUAUAAAUUGCUUUCAAGUUUCUUUCCUCAAACUUAUGAAAUUGUACAAAUGAUUGGAACAAACAUAAAAUGUUGGGAAUGUUUGAAAUCAUUAAUGGGAGAUCAGUUAGGCACUGUAAAAUCACUAGAAGUAUUUGACAACAAAGAUUUGGAAGAUGAAGUGCAGAAAUACGUAGAAAAUAUUAAGCAAGAGUAAAUAGACGUGCAUACGAAUUUAUAUAUUAUUUAGAUGCAGAGCUCGUUUUGAGUCGGCAUCUAAAAUAGUAUACGUUUGAUUGUAAAAUAUUUUAAAUAUAAAAGUACAAUUGAUUUUCAAUUCUUUAUUUAUAAAUUUUUGAUUAUAAUAUAAUAACUUUUAAUGUUUAUUGUUAAUAUUUCAAUAUAUUUUAAAAAUUGUACAAGAUGAAAUAAUAUGUGCUGAUGUAUAUUCUUCUUCUAUUCAUCUCUUCUAAUUAUGCAGGUUGUUUUCUGUAAUAGAUAGUAGAAGUUAGAAGUAAAGGGGUCAUAGUAUUUUAAAAUAUAUAAAGGGUCUUUCAAAAUGAAUUCUAUCAGUUUAAAUUAAUGUAAUUACGUUAAUUACUAUUGGAGAAGUACCAAUAGAUAUAGUAACCAUCCAAAUUUCAUCUCCCAGCUGUAUUCAAACGUCUCACUGUCUGUCUAUUAUCUCUAGGAAGUGCUAUAAACAAAAAUGGUCACUCCACAAAAGAGAAAGCAUUUUAUGUUCUGCAGUUUUCAAAGUCAGAAUCACUUCUCAUUGUGCAACACGAGUAAUCUAUAGGAGCUUAUGACAUGAAGUGCGCGCAUUGAGCAAAUAUGAAACUUGGACAGUUUUCCAAUGUUUUAUUAUACAUUGCAAUGCUCUUGGAUAAUAAUUUACAAUAAUUUAAUAUGUAGCAUUCUUUUUGGAUGAUCCUAUAUAUUUAAUUAUAAUUAAAAUAAAAUUAUUUAGAACAUUUGUUAUACAGGCGGUCCCGUAACUUUCACGUGUAAUGUGUUAAAAAUGUCUGAAUUUAACAUGCAAAAAGUCAUUUAGUAAUAUCAAAGUAUUACGUAUGAAAGAGUGAAGUUGCCAGAAAUUCAAGAUACUGUAGAUUAAGAUAGUAAAUAAGAAUUACAUUAAUAUAUUUUUAUCUAUUUGUUUAUAUUUAAAGAACAUUUUUAUGUUAAAAUAUUAUUAUUUUUAAUUAUAUUUUAAAAAGUUUAUAACUUAUUUAGCUUAAGAAGAGAAUUUCAUAUAUAUAUUUAAUUAUAUUGUGAUUGUUUAAUAUAUAAAUUUUAUAUGUUGACUAAUGCCAAAUCAAUUGAUAAAUAACUGAUUAAAAAUCUUCAGAGUUUUAAUUAUUAGAAUUAAUUUGAUAAAAUUGCAGCUCUGAACGAGGCAGUUCGGACAUUAUUAGAGCUGUAGACCAUGCCAUAGGAGUAAAAUAGCCAAAAAAACCAAUGGUCUAUAUGUUUUAUACAUUUGCAAGAUAUAACCAACAGAAAUCAGCCUAUCUGGAAUUUUGAAGACCCUCAAAAAGUCAACUGUUUUUCACUUUAUUAGAGACAGUUAUGGUAUCUACUACUUUCAGAUCAAGGUUAGAGUCAAGUUUUAGGAUGGAGCGAGAUCCUAUUAUGGCACCCCCUUGGUCAGUAGCGUAGCGAACAUAACUGGCGCUCGGGGCACGACACUUUAUUGGCGCCCCCUCCAGAAACACACAUAGUUUGUCUUGGAGACCAUUUGGGCGCCCCUCUGCGAGUGGCGCCCAGUGCUUGAUACACCCCCUUGCACCCCCUCACUACGCCACUGCCCUUGGUUGCCCCAAAUUUAUACCCUUUAAUUUUCUUUACCACUGAGGCGCUCCCUAGGACUUAGCGCCUGGAGUGGCUGCUCCUUUCGCCCUAUGGUAGGGCCGGCUCUGGAUAUAUCUCACGAAGGAUCACAUGUAGACCAUCAGUUCCUUUUGACUUUUUUUGCUCCUUCAGGCAUGGUUUACAGCUGUGAUAAAGUCCUAACUGCCUAAUUCAGAGCUGAAAUUUUAAUAUUAAUUUUGCUGAAGAUCUAAAAUUCUUAGUCAGUUAUUGUUUCAAUAUAUGUUUGUAUGUAUUUAUUUUAUUAGUUUAUAAACUAUUUUUAAUUGCUCUGAUUCAUAAUUA